AUGGAAGAGGAAGAGACCGAAUCAGAAACAACUAGUAAUGAUAGAAGAGACACUCAUGCUAAACCAACUCCAUCAAAUGAAUUCAUCAGUAUUGUUGAACUUUUCAUCAGUGAAGGUGCCAUCACAGCACUUGAAAGAGUAAACUGGUUAUUCUCCGUAUAUAAUGUUUAUGAAAUCAGAUCAAGAAUUCACUAUUUGAUUACAGGCGUCUUCAACAGACCAAACGAAACAAGAGACACACUCUUGAAAGUAGCCAAUGCCCUCAACAACUGUCUAUCAUCAGAAGAGAAGACAGAUUAG